CCCGCUUCUAUGCCGUUCUAAUAACUCGGAACUCUCAAACCUCUUGGAUCACUCAACCUUCAAACUCAAUCCAACUCAAGAACACAUACUUAAUAGUGGAAUAACUAUGUGUUUUCUCCAGAUGCUGAACUUCAAUUUAUGCCUUGCGUAAUGAACAUGAUGAUUCUCCACACAACAACUUCAUCUCUUUGUGAUUCAUUGUCAAAAAUCAGUAAUGUCAAUCGUUUUCUCCCUCUUUCUGCAUUUCGCGCCACCGCGACUAUGGGAGUAAUGUGGAGUAGAAAUGCAUCAGGUAAAAGUUCUGUGAGUGGAUUUUCCAGUAAGGUUAAAGGAUCAGAGCCUAUAAAGCAUACAUCUACUUAUGUACACAGUCAACAUGCAGAAGAGAUUGUGAUUGAGGAAGAAGUUGUAGUGAUGUCAGAAACUGAUUCUUCAUUUGAAAGCAUUCCUGGAGUACCAAUUCCUCUUGGAGUAUCAAAAACUGAAAAUGGAAUAAACUUUUCUCUUUUUUCAAAGCAUGCAACUUCAGUUACACUUUGCUUAUCACUUCAAGACAGUGGAAACGAUGCAUCUCCAAAUGAUGAAAUGAUUGAGCUGAUAUUGGAUCCACAUGUAAACAAAACCGGAGAUAUAUGGCACAUAUGUGUUCUGGAAUUGCCUCUGAGAAAUGUUGUGUAUGGAUACCAAAUAAAUGGUCCUCAAGGUUUCCAUGAAGGGCAUCGAUUUGACAACACUGUUGUUCUUAUAGACCCUUAUGCAAAAUUAAUACAAGGACGCAAGAUUUUUGGUAAUGUGAAAGAUAAAUUUUGUAAAUUUUAUGGAACUUAUGAUUUUAGUAGCUUGCCAUUUGAUUGGGGAGACAAUUAUACCCCUCCAAACAUACCAGAGAAGGAUCUUGUGGUAUAUGAAAUGAAUGUUCGGGCUUUUACAGCUGAUAAAUCUAGUGGAUUGGAAGAAAGUCUACGUGGCAGCUACCUUGGUAUUAUUGAAAAGAUACCACAUCUGUUAGAGCUUGGAAUCAAUGCAGUGGAAUUGCUUCCAGUUUUUGAGUUUGAUGAGUUUGAAUUCCAGAGGCGUCCAAAUCCUAGAGAUCACAUGAUCAACACAUGGGGAUAUUCAACAAUAAAUUUCUUUGCUCCAAUGACUCGUUAUGCAAGUGGUGGAGGAGGACCUAUUGUUGCUUGCUUAGAGUUCAAACAAAUGGUUAAAGCUUUGCACUUAGCAGGAAUCGAGGUAAUCUUGGAUGUUGUUUACAAUCAUACAAAUGAGGCUGAUGAUAAAUACCCUUAUACCACAUCAUUCCGUGGUAUAGACAACAAGGUAUAUUACAUGUUAGAUGGUAAUGGUGAAUUACUGAACUUCUCAGGCUGUGGUAACACAUUGAACUGUAACCACCCUGUUGUCAUGGAACUCAUACUUGACAGCUUAAGACACUGGGUCACUGAAUAUCAUGUGGAUGGAUUCCGGUUUGACCUUGCAAGUGUUCUUUGUAGAGGAACAGAUGGCUCUCCACUUGAUGCUCCUCCACUUAUUAGGGCAAUAGCAAAAGAUAAUAUACUAUCCAGGUGUAAAAUUAUUGCUGAACCAUGGGAUUGUGGAGGCCUAUAUCUUGUUGGGAAAUUCCCAAAUUGGGACAGGUGGGCUGAAUGGAAUGGAAUUUAUCGUGAUGACAUGAGGAGAUUUAUAAAGGGUGACACUGGUAUGAAGGGAGCUUUCGCAACUCGAAUUGCUGGUUCAGCUGAUUUGUACAAAGUCAACCAACGGAAGCCUUACCAUGGGGUCAAUUUCGUAAUAGCACAUGAUGGAUUUUCUCUUUAUGACCUUGUGUCAUAUAAUUACAAGCACAAUGAUGCUAAUGGAGAAGGUGGAAAUGAUGGAAGCAAUGAUAACCUUAGCUGGAAUUGUGGGCAUGAAGGGGAAACAUCUGAUGCUAAUAUUAAAUCCCUACGUUUCCGACAGAUGAAGAAUUUUCAUUUGGCAUUAAUGGUGUCUCAGGGUGUACCAAUGAUGCUAAUGGGAGAUGAAUAUGGGCAUACUCGCUAUGGAAAUAACAAUAGCUAUGGACAUGAUACCACUUUAAAUCAUUUUCAAUGGGGACAAUUGGAUGCAAGGAAGAAUGAUUGCUUUAGAUUCUUUGCAGAGGUGAUUAAGUUUCGCCAAAAGUAUAGAGUAUUUAGACAAGAGUAUUUCAUUGGCAAGAAAGAGAUAACAUGGCAUGAAGAUAACUGGAAUAACUAUGAGAGCAGAUUCAUCGCAUUCACACUUCAUGAUCAUGACGAAGGGGAUAUUUACUUGGCGUUCAAUGCACAUGAUUACUUUGUUCAAGUUCCAAUACCUUCACCUCCUCUCAAAAGGCGUUGGUUCCGAGUGGUGGACACGAAUCUUGAGUCACCAAAUGACAUGGUGCCAGAGGGUGUGGUUGGCAUUGGAGAUACAUAUAAUGUCGCUCCCUAUUCUUCCAUUCUUCUUCAAGCAAAGCCAUAAUUAAGUAUAAAAUAAAUUAUUUUAUAGGUAUACCAGGGGAUCGCGACAAGGCGAAGGCGUGAUCGUACAGCUCCUCAUGAUUUGUUUAUGUUUCUG